CCUCUUAACUAUGAGAGAAAGAAGACCUACACUCUUCACAUCGAGGGGACCAACACACAUGUGGAUCCUCGUUUUUCUUAUCUCGGCUCCUUCAAAGACACCGCCACCCUUAAAAUCACAGUGGGGGACGUGGACGAGGCGCCCGUAUUCUCCAUAGAUCAUUACAUCAUGGACGUGUACGAGAACUCGCCGAGCGGCACGGAGGUGGGCGCCGUAACGGCUCGAGACCCCGACAGCAGGAACAGUCCUGUUAGGUACUUCUUGGACAGCAAAGAGGAAGGAGUGCGGUACUUCAGGAUCGAUGAGAGCAGUGGAUUAAUACGGACCACUCAGUCUCUGGACAGGGAAGACAUGUCCUGGCACAAUAUAACUGUGAUAGCCUCGGAGGUUGACAACCCCAGCCUCCUCAGCCAUGUUCCUGUUACCGUCCAGGUGCUGGAUGUGAACGACAAUCCGCCAGAAAUAGCUACAGACGAGGAGGUCAUUGUGUGUGAGAGCUCCAGGCCGGGACAGGUGAUCCAGACCGUCACUGCGGUGGAUAAGGAUGACUUUGCCAAUGGACAGCGCUUCUCCUUCGCUUUGCCCAGCCAACUGCCGGUUAAUCCCAACUUCACCCUGAAGGACAACGAAGGGCAGGGCUUCACACUCAUUGCUCACAUUUCAAGUUCCAAUAAGCUGUACUGA